AUAAGAAAUUGGAUUACCCGUGAAAACCUACCAUUUCCGCGAAAGCUCUGUUUCCGAACAUGAAAGCCCAUCGACUUUGGCGCUCUCCGAUACCCAUCUUUGUAUUCACUGUGUUGGCGAGGUUGAGCUUUGAAUGUUCGGCUGAAUUUGAUUCGUUGCUGCAGCUCCCACUUUCCGGGGCGAACAGAAGUCGAGCCAGAUCCAAAAGGGUUUUCUAUCUUGCCGAUUUUGGGGCGAAAGGAGAUGGAAUUAGCAAUGAUACUCAGCCACUCAUUGAAGCCUGGAAGAUUGCCUGUUCUUUCCCCACUAGAACGAGAAUUGUUUUUCCAGCUAGUAACACAUUUCUGGUGCAUCCUAUAGAGCUUCAUGGUCCUUGUCGGUCAAGGGUGACCUUAAGGAUACAUGGCACAAUCAAUGCUCCCAAAGAUCCAAACGUUUGGGAACAUCGAAACCCGAGAAAAUGGCUUUACUUUCGUGCGGUGAACCACCUGACUCUCAACGGCGGAGGCGAGAUCAACGGAAUGGGAUAUGAAUGGUGGAUGAGAUCUUGCAAGAUUAACUCAACAAAUCCGUGUCGACAUGCUCCAACAGCCAUUACUUUCCAUAAGUGUAAGAAUGUAAAGAUUCAUCAUCUAUUGGUAAUUGACAGUCAACAGAUGCAUGUUUCUUUCACAAACUGUCUUCGCGUAGUUGCCUCUAAUCUUAAAGUGAUCGCUCCUGCUUUUAGCCCGAAUACUGAUGGAAUCCAUAUUAGUGCGUCGAAGGGUGUCACAGUCAAGAAUAGCGUCGUUAGUACAGGGGAUGACUGUAUCUCUAUAGUCAAUAAUUCUUCAAGGAUCUUGAUCAAAGACAUUGCCUGUGGACCAGGCCAUGGAAUAAGUAUUGGAAGCUUGGGAAAGCAAAACACAUGGGCGCAGGUACAUAACAUAAGGGUCGAUGGAGCUGUUUUGUCGAACACCGAAAACGGAGCAAGGAUCAAAACAUGGCAGGGUGGCAGUGGCUUCGCCACUGAUAUCACCUUCAAGAACAUGUUGAUGAAAAAUGUAUCAAACCCAAUAAUCAUAGAUCAGUAUUACUGCGACUCGAAUCAUCCAUGUGCCAAUCAGACAUCAGCUGUUAAAGUGAGAGACAUAUCAUUCAUUCACAUCAAAGGAACUACAGCAACAAACGAGGCCAUAAAACUUGCUUGCAGCGACACGUUGCCAUGUGUCGACUUAUAUAUGGAAGACGUUCUACUCUUAUCGAACGAUGGCGAGAUGUUGACUUCGUUCUGCUGGCAAGCACAUGGUUCGAGUUCGGGGCCUGUUUAUCCCCCGCCGUGCUUUCUCGGUAACGAGAGCUUCAUCGAGCAGAAGGUCCAGCCUCGCCCUGCUUCUCAUUCUUUUUAGAGAACUUCUGAAGCUUCAUAGUUGCAGAAGCUUAUGAGAGGUUUGUAAAGUUGUAUUGUAUGUUCUGUAUAAAUCAAUGGCUGGAUAAGAAGCAAUGAGAAGCUGAAGAUGAGUUA